AUGUCCAACUUGCUCCCUGGACUUCAUAUGAGCAGAAAAAUACCGGGCAAUGCACCGAUAGAAACAGUCCAUUUUCGAUUCGGCACUCGUCACAUCACAGCCAUCGGCCAGGCCGCCGACAACUACCAUCCAAAUGUCCGCCGCCUAAGAAUCCAACCAUCAUUGCUCGACCGAGUUGUCAAAGCCAUUCUCUACCUGUUCCCCAAAUUCGCGCAAGCCUACAUGCGAAGAUGGUACCCCGAAUGGUAUCUGCCUCCGGCCAUCGUCCUCAAGUCCCAGAAACCAGACUGGGAAGAAGAGUUUGACAACGAGCUGGCAUCGUACCGAAGCCUACAAUCACUUCAAGGAACCGUCAUUCCGCGCCACUUCGGGGUCGUCCAGUUCGAAGGGGUGCGAAGCCACCUCAUGGCAGACGUUGGAGGCGUGUGCAUCCCAUACACGAUUGAGACGGCCGAAGAAGCAUACACCAUUGUUCGCAAGCUGAUACACGAGUCGCUCUCUGCGCUUGCCUCGAGGGGCUUUGUGCAAGACGAUGUGAAGCUCGACAACUUCCACGUUGUGGGAAGCAGAGUUGUCGUGGUGGAUUUGGAGCGUGUGGAGAGGACCAGAAACCCGGAUGAGCUGGCCAAGUUUGUUGAUUCCAGCGUGCAGCUUCUGAUGAAGCAAUACCGAAACUACCUGGAGAAUUUGAGAGUUAGAUACCCUUGA